AUGAGUCGCUAUCUAACUUAUCCAAAUCAGAGGCAACAUCGAGGUGGCCGAAAGCAAUCCCAGAUUAGAGUGAAACAUCUAAGAAAGAAGGUGUAUGAUGGUCAGGAUAAGGAGUUCUCUCAAUCAAAAUACUCGGUGCAGGAUAGUGUUCCCUCUGCACAAGAUGACAUUAAACCACCAGUACAAAAUGGUUCUGUUAAUUUAAACACCAAAGAGUUCAUCGAAUAUGAUAAAAUAAGAGGAACAGUAUCUUCCAGACGAGAUAUGCCACCACCUCCCCCUACACCAGCCUUCCCUGGUAUGAACAUUCCAGUAGCACCCCCACGCCCACCAUUACCACCACCAACACCACCACCUCCUGUGGAAGGUGGAAUGACUGCUCCUCCUCCAGAACCAAAGAAACUUGAUGCUCGCACUGAUUUGCUUGAAGCAAUCCGCACAGGGAUGAAGUUGAGGAAAGUUCAAGGCGAAACGGAGAAGAAGGAACAACAAAAUGUUGGUAUGGAUGUUACGUCUAUACAUCAGCGACGUAUUGCUGUGGAAUACUCAGACUCUGAGAGCGAAACAGGAUCUGAAUGGGAUGAUGACGAUGACGAUUGGCAGGACGAGGAUGAAGAUUAG